AAACUGCAAAGGGGUUCUUGAUAAGGAACGCAGCGGACCCGUUGAUGCUGUUGUUCUAGCUAAGGACACAAUUUGAUAUUUAUUUAUCUUUCAGCCGGUGAUCUAUUCGGUGUAACGAUGGGCUCUUUCGCGCUGCCGAUGAUCUGUUUCACCACGUUAUGGGCGCUCGUUGGUAUUGUAGCACCCUUUUUCGUGCCCAAAGGACCAAACCGAGGGGUUGUCAUCACUAGUUUGAUCUUGACAGCUGUUUGUUGUUGGUUAUUCUGGCUGAUAGCCAUCCUAGCCCAGGCCAACCCUCUGUUUGGACCUCAGCUGAAGAACGAGACUAUCUGGUACCUCCGCUACUUCUGGGAGUAACACCAGAGUUGGGUUCUCUCUGAUGCUCCGUUGAUCACAUAUCUUCAUUCCCUUCGUCCAUCCUGGACUGGAUUCUUUUACAACUUGACUCCUGAAACCCGUCUAUACCCUCCUCUUUACAUCCCCAGCUACAUUCCUCUAUCCCUCCAUCCCAAUGUCUUUCUUACGUCACUGCAACGUUGUCAAGAAUGUUUUGCAUCGCCAUCUGAACCUGCAGCAGUCAAGUCAGAUAGGAGAGAAUCUGCACUGUCCAAUUUACAGUAGCUAUUACAGUGAAAGAAUACCAUGCUAUUGUUUGAGGAGUUAUGAACUUGAAAAGUUAUUAAAAAAACAAUUAGGCACAUUUAGCCAGUCUUGAUACAAAAUGUUGAACAGAAUGCAAUGAUUCAUUGGAUCCGUCUAAAACUUUGCACAUACACUGCUGCCAUCUAGUGGCCAAUAUCUAAAUUGUGCCUGGGCUGGAAUGAUACGUUUUGGCCUUUCUCUUGCAUUUCAAAGAUGAUGGUAAAAAAAAAAAAUACAAAAAAACACAUUGUUUUUUUUCUUUGUAUUAUUUUUUUACCAGAUCUAAUGUGUUAUAUUCUCCUACAUUCAUUUCACAUUUACACAAACUUCAAAGUGUUUCCUUUCAAAUGGUAUCAAGAAUAUGCAUAUCCUUGCGUCAGGUCCUGAGUUACAAGCAGUUCGAUUUGGGUAUGUCAUUUUAGGUGAACAUUUGGGGGGGGGAAGGGUCCGAUCCUUAAGAGGUUUUAAACAAUCAUGUUCUAAUGUUGGGAUCAAAUCUGUGACAACAUAGAUAAGCGAUGUAUAAUACUCCUUAGACAGAAAAGUAUAUGACACUAUAUAUGUAAGGAUUAUAUGAAACAUAUAUCUAGGUCAUCAUGCUGCUGCUGUUCCAACGUGUUGUAGAAUGCAUGCAGAAUUCUAUUUAUUGGAUAGCAGGUAUGAAAGUCAUAUGACAUAUCAAAUGAUAUUAUAUAAUCCUUACAUGUGGGAAAUGUUCUAUUUUUGAGCAAAACAAUGUAUUUGUUUUGAUAAUGCACUGGAAGGCAUAGCUCACACUGAUAAACCUGAUAUUACCAGGUCGCAUAUAGAUGUCAUUUGCGUCUCUAGCUACAGUUUAAACGUGUAAUCUUGGAGGUGUAGUUGACCUGUUAUUGUUAUUGUUUACAAUUCCUCUACAUGUUGUUGUUGUUAUUAUUACUAUUAAUAGAAGUGUAGUAUUUAUUUUGACUGACGUCCUGGCUCUUACAUAAGUUGACUGUUAUGUGGAGUCAGUGUCUGUAUUAUGUUUCCUUGAUGAUUAUUGUUGAGUCGUUCUGUGUAUAAAUACUAGUACAUUUCCAGGAGGGGUUGGCUGGCCGACGGCCAUGAGAAACUACACUCGAGAGCCCCACUCCAUUUUAAGCGUCUUUAAAAUCUCAACCACUAGGACAACUCCUUACUCUAGCCUCUCUCCUUUCCCAUCGUCGCUCUCCAGGAUCGUUAUGGUCCUCCUACGGUUGCAAAAUUCCAGUAACUUUCCCCAAAUUCCCUGGUCAGAAAUCCUGGUUGGAGGAUACCCAGAUUUCCUACACAUUCCCUUCUAAUUCCAAGAAUAUCCCUACUGGGAUUUCUGGAAAACUAGGAAUUUGGGGAAAUUUCCUACAAUUUUUCAACCCUAGGUCCUCCUAGUUACCAUGGUGAUCAUGAUCACAAUAUCAGCCGUUGUUUGUCGUCGACCACAAUACAACUAGUCUUGCUGCAGGGACAGGGUUGGAGGACUCAAUUCCAAUUCAACAAUUAACUCCCAUCAAUUCAGGAAUUGAAUGGAAAUGUCCCUAUUAAUUAACUGAAAAAUCACAAUUAAACAUUUCCAAUCCUAAAUAAACUUGAGUUGAACUUGAAUCGACUCCAAACGCUGCAAGUGCUUGCUAUCAACCUCUGCCCCUUCUUGUGUAAACGAUGUGUGAUGCUUUCUGUAGGAAGGCACACCAGUUCCAGCCAGCCACAACAACCUUCCCUGCCCUCCCUCCACCCCCACCCAGAGAGAAGCCAUCUUAGCCUAAGUGCCAGUCUUGUUAGUGCCAUCAUGCCAACUCCUCCUUGUCAUUCGCUGUCAUACUAAACAUGUUUGGCUUGACAAUCACACCAAUGUAGUUGUCAAGAUGGCACAAACACAUCUGGGACCAGGCUAGGGCCUCCUAUCUCUGAGACAGCUUGUUCCUCAGCUCAGCCAAAAAGUCAAGAAAGAUACAUCAAUAUACAGCUACUUUUGAGAAAGACCAAAUGAUGUUGUGUUUUCCUAUUAGCCUUGUUGAUUGUUGUGGUGGCAGGUUUACAGAGGGAUCAAAAGUGAUAGAUCAAGUCCACGUCCCAAAUGGCAACCUAUUGCCUAUACUCUAUAGCGCACUCCUUUUAACCAGGGCCCAUUGGGCUCUGGUCAAAAGUAGUGCACUAUGUAGGGAAUAGGGGGUAAUUUAGGACGCUCCCUGAAGUAGACAUGAUUCAGCCCAGGGCUGACAUGAAUAGAUCAGUUUACAUGAGAGAAAGCUGUUCCAUGUAUUCCAGCUAUGUAGAUAUGUGGAUAUGUGGAAGCCUCGGUCCAUUAUUACGAACACUAGACCUAGGUUGCAACGGGCACAACAGCUCGUUCAUUGUGGUCACCAUGGAAACAUUGAGCGUAUAGAUGUGUGUUUUUGACACUGGAAAAAGACUUGUCUGACUCAGGCCUUGUGUAAGUGUGAUCUAAUGUGUAGGUGUAUACAGUGACAUUGUCCAUGUGAAUCCCUUAGUAAAAACCCUAUUUCAAUGUCUGGUA